AUGGACGUGUCUCUCAGCUGGAUGGACUGUGUCUCAGCUGGAUGGACUGUGUCUCAGCUGGAUGUGUUCUCAGCUGGAUGGUGUCUCAGCUGGAUGGACUGUGUCUCAGCUGGAUGGACUGUGUCUCAGCUGGAUGGACUGUGUCUCAGCUGGAUGGACUGUGUCUCAGCUGGAUGGACUGUGUCUCAGCUGGAUGGACUGUCUCUCAGCUGGAUGGACUGUGUCUCAGCUGGAUGGACUGUGUCUCUCAGCUGGAUGGACUGUGUCUCAGCUGGAUGGACUGUGUCUCAGCUGGAUGGACUGUGUCUCAGCUGGAUGGACUGUGUCUCAGCUGGAUGGACUGUGUCUCAGCUGGAUGGACUGUCUCUCAGCUGGAUGGACUGUGUCUCAGCUGGAUGGACUGUGUCUCAGCUGGAUGGACUGUCUCAGCUGGAUGGACUGUGUCUCAGCUGGAUGGACUGUAUGAGUAGCCCAUCUUCAGAUGCCUGGUCCAGUAAUGAGUACAAGCCUCCUCCUGGAAGCCCGUGCUCCUCUAUAUUAUCCAGCAACGUUUCAGUAUUUUCUGACACAUCGUGUGCUGAAGUGUCUGAUGAAGAGGAGCUAGAGCCGACCUCCACAAAGGCCCAGAAAAACAAACGGACCAAGAGGACAGAUGCGUGUGCUGAAGUGUCUGAUGAAGAGGAGCUAGAGCCGACCUCCACAAAGGCCCAGAAAAACAAACUGACCAAGAGGACAGAUGAAGCUUCUAGAAACCCAAAGAAACCCUGGAGUGAGGAGGAGAGCCGUGGAGAAGAGGAUGGAGAAGUACCUGGCUCUGUGUGCUGUGCCUCACCAGUGUUGGGCACGUUACUUUGA